AUGCUUUAAGUUGAUGUUUUGUAAUCGUCAUAAUACUUCAUCAACAGAUUCUAAGUUUAUUUAGUACCAUAUCAACUCUUGGGAGCAUUUUUUAUAUUUUACGUAACAGUGAAGGAUAAUAGUUUACCACCUGCUAUAGGUGUUAUAAUUUAAGCUAUUUUUGGAGUCGCAUUUGGAUACUAUUUUGGGAAGAUACAAAACAAAUUUAUGCAUGCUAAAGAUGAAAGAAUGGGUGGAGUUGAUGAAUCACUAUUACAGAUUAAAUAAAUCAAGUUCAAUUGUUAUGAAACAUACUUCGAAAAAAGAAUCGAGAAACUUAGAGCUAAAGAAUUAAAAUUCUUAAAGUAGCAAGUUCUUUUAUUAAUUUUUAUCUAAUUUAUGUAGAAUAUUCUAAGUUUUGCAACAUGGGAAUGCACAUUCUAUUUUGCUGAUUUUAUUACUUUUGCAAUUACAACUGUAAUCAUGUAAAAUUCAAGUUAAUUGAUGUAUUUGUUGUAAGCAUUUCCUAAUCAACUCAAAAAUUAUUAUGCGUCUAUCAAUUCUAUUAUUAGAAUCACUUCAUUUCUAAAAGAAAAUCAAAUCUAACCAUGGAGUAAUGAUGAAGAUAAAGUACAUGACAUUAAAAUAGAUGGAACAUUUGAUUGGAAAUAUAUUGAUGAAAACUAAUAUCUUAAAUAAAAUUAAUAAUUCGAUUUGAAAUUAAAUGUUGUGAAAGGCUAUUACAUAGUAAUUGUUGGAAAUUCUGCUUCAGGCAAAUCUACAAUUCUUAAGUCAAUCUUAAAUGAAACGAAUUGUGUUUCUGGUUAGAUUGUUAUUAAUGGAGAAAUUAGUUUGGCUACCCAAGAACCAUGGAUACUUAGUGAUACUAUUAAAAAUAACAUCAUCUAUAUGAAUAAAUUUGAUGAAUUAAGAUAUAAAAAGGUUAUGCAUGUGACUGCGUUGGAAUAAGAUAUUAAUUAAUUUGUUAAUAAGGAUUUCACUCAAUUAAGCGAAAAAGGAGAUAACCUAUCAGGAGGCUAAUAGAAAAGAAUCAAUCUAGCCAGAGCUGUUUAUAAAGAAGCAGAUAUCUAUUUAUUUGAUGAUCCUCUAAGCGCUCUUGAUAUCAAAGUCAAAUGUCAUAUUUAUUAAGAAUGUUUUCUUAAAUUUCUUCAUGGUAAAACUAGAAUAUUAUUUACAAAUUAAUUGACAAAUUUAUCAGGAGUUGAUUAAAUCUAUUUGUUAUAAAAUGAUAAAUUGGUUCCUUAUAAUACACAAAUUAAAAUUGAAGAAGAAAAAUUAAAUCUAAUAGAUAUCUAAUUUGAGAAUAAUCAUUUAGAAGAUAAAGAACCAAAGUCAAAAGCAUCAUUUACAUUAAUGAGUGAAGAUUAAAGAGUUGGAAAAAUAGAUAACAAAGUUAUCAAAACUAUAUUUUAAUUCUAAGGAGGUUUCUGGGCUAUUAUUGCUGUUGUAACAUAUUUUAGUGUUCUAAUGGUAUUAUCUACACUGUCAAGCAAGACUCUAUCUAAUCCACAAUUGGACCCUGAUGAAUUUAGGGAGGUUGCCUUAAAAAGCUUUCCUCUUUUUAACAUUCCAAUUUAUAUUGCUAUUAUCUCCAUAACAGGAUAUUUCUUGCUAAUUGGAAUUAAGACUAGCUCUGUUGUUCAUAAGAAUAUCUUUGCUUCUUUAAUGAAAGCAUCGUUUACUUAAUUUUACAAUUAGAUUUUGAUAGGAAGAUUAAUGAAUAGAUUAAGUAAGGAUAUCUACAAUAUUGAUAUGCUAUUUCCUAAUCAAAUAUACAAUCUAAGCAUUCAAUUCACUAAUUUGAUUAUGCCUUUGAUUACUAGUCUGAUAUUUUUGAAUUACAUAGCUUAUCCUAUUGUUCUAAUAUUUGUUAUCAUCCUCCUCCUGUUUACAAUAUCAUACUAUAAAUGUUUAACAGAGAUGACACGUAUUGAAUCAGUUUCAAAAAGCCCAGUGUUCACAUAUUACCAAUAAAUAAUAAGGGGUCUUUUGUUUGUUAGAUCCUGUCUUCCUAAAAGGUUAGUUCUCCAAAAUCAUUACAAUAAUAUUGAUUUAGAUCUAGGAAAUUAAAUGUAUUUGGCAGGAUUGCAACAAUGGUUUUCCUAAACAUCGAGCAUUAUUACUAAUAUCUUUUAAACUAUAUUAUUUGUGGUAUGUCUUCUAUAUCCGAAUAAUAAUCCAGCCAUGACCUAUUUAAUAGUGAUUUAAAUGUCCAAUGUAUCUUAAUUGCUAGUCUAAGUGGCUGUCAGUUAUGGCAACUUAUUAAUGUAUUCAAUAUCUUUUGAAAGAUGCUUACAUUUAUCAAAUGAUAUUGAAUACGAUGACUAUGCACAAGGUUCUAUAAAUUCUAAAUCAAUUGGAUCAAUUACUCUAACGAAUGCUUCAUUCCAAUAUCCAAACAAUCAGAAAGAUGUCUUAUCUAAUCUUAGUUUAACAAUUGAAUCUGGUUAAAAAAUUGGAAUAUUGGGAAGAACUGGAGCUGGUAAGAGUUCUAUAAUAAUGGCCUUGAUGAGAAUGAUUCAUCUAACAAAUGGGGAUGUAAAAAUUGAUGAAACAGAUCUUAAUGAAUAUGCAUUGCAAGAACUCAGAAAGAAAUUUAGUGUCAUUCCUCAGGAGUCAUUGAUAUAUAAGGGAACUUUGAAGGAGAAUCUUGAUCCUUAUGGACUAGCGGAUGAUUAAAAUUUAGAAGAAGUGUGUUAAGCUUGUUAACUAUAUAAUAUGAAAUCCUUCUAAGAUUAUAAGUUGGAGACAAAGAUUUAAUAAAGUGGUGGUAAUUUGAGUUUAGGUGAGAAGUAACUGAUUACGAUUGCAAGAUGUAUGAUUGAAAAUAGAAAAAUUAUUUUAGUAGAUGAAGCUACUGCAAAUAUUGAUAAUCCAACUGAGGAAUUAAUCAAAAAUAUCUUUAAAGUCCAUUUCUUAAAUUAAACAAUGAUUACGAUUGCCCAUAAGGUUUCCACUAUUAUGGAAUCUGAUAAAAUCGUUGUAUUAAGUGCAGGACAAAUUAUUGAGUGUGAUUCACCGAAUAAUCUACUCAAAUAACCCAAGAGCGAAUUCAAAUAAAUUGUUGAUUUAAUAAACAAAAAUUUAUGA